AUGUCGCAGCCGCCUACUCCGCAAGCUUGUCCGACGAUGGACACUUAUUUGAUGGACCUCCAACACAAAUUGGCUUCCCUUUCCAUGGCCAAUAAUAACGCCAGUGCUGCCGCUUCGCACAUGCAACAGCAGCAACAACAGCAGAGCUAUUCGCCGGAUGCCACGCAACAACUUCCAUCGCCCACGUCAUCCACCAAGGAAAGAACUCCUUCCCUGGAUCAUUUGAUUUACCCUACGGUUGUCGAUCAAGUGGAUCAGGCGGCCGAGAGCAACCGGCCAGCCCAACAACAACAGCGCAAAGUCUUGCCCUCCACCAUCGACAUUCACGACUUGCAUUCCGAGUUGUCGAAAUUGCAUUCGCAGGGCACUGGUCAUCCGCCGGCCUUGUUGAAAGCCAAGGAGCACGAAAAUAAAGUGAAUCCUUCCACUACGGAAGCCUCCGCAGCGGCACCGGCCGCAACGAAUCCCGUUGCUCAGUCAAAAACAACGGCCAGUCAUGGCCCUGACGUUGUGGAUGACCAUCCGCAAACGCCGACGGAACAACAACCGCAACCUUCCUUCAAAGGGAUUCCAGUCACGGUUCCAGUAGCGCUGAUUCCAGUAGCUCCUGUCACCGCACCCACCGCUCCUGUGACCGCUGCUCCAGCGAUUGCCACCGCAACGAUCACAAAGGAUCAGAAGAGUAGUCAAACGGAGCCUCAGAUGAUCGUUGCCCAGCAACCGCUGCAACGCAAGUUGUCGCUUCCGCCACCGGCCCCGCCCGGAGGACGCCGAAUCUCUCGUUUCUGUGUCAGGAAUUAUUGCUGCGACACGAGCAAGAAAAGAAAGCUAUCGAAGCACGAGGAAGAGUUGGCCUCUUUCCACGCCCGGAGAAAACAGCAACAACCAACUGCUCCGCAACAGCCACAUCCACAUCCGCAACCAGCGUUGCAGCGACAGGAAGCCACCGAGAGUCCUAGGACUUCUUCUCCAAUCGCCCGUUCCAGUCCAGAUCAUACGGAAGGGCGUGGUGUUCCCAUUCCAGCCACAGCUGGUGGGGCUGCUGGCCCGGUCACCAACGCGACGCCCGGAUCAUCACCCGGAACGCCGACCCGCCAGACAAAGACGUUUACGGACGAUCUGUUGCGUCUAGUCCAGGAUUUGGGCAGCAAACCUGGAGCCGAGAAGAGCAAGAAAGCCGUUGGAGAAGGUGUCGAGAAAGCGCCGACGUUGAAUCAGCUGAGAGCCGGCGCCAAUGGCGGCGCUGUCGCCAAUCUGCAACAACAGCAGCAGCAGCAGCAACAACACCAUUCACUGACUCAAACUGCUGGACUGAGCUUCGGCUGGCCUUUUGGUGGUGUCAUGUCUCCUGUUCCGCCCAUGAGCUCUGUGUCGACUCUCUACGGCCAACAGUCCAUUUUCUCUCCCAUUCAUCCGUCGUUUGUUUCUUCGCCGGCGGGGGCGGCUAGUUGCAAUUGCACCAUGGCUGCGCAACAGCAAAGCGGAUUCAACCACCUGGGCAGAGCUUCCAGCCACCCGAUCAUCAUUCAACGAUUCAACCAAACUCCCUCGUCGUCGGUUCCCCACCGCCGGUGCCAGUGCUCCUGGCUGCCAGCGUAUCAGCAGCCGUCUCGUCCUCUUCUACGACAAUGGCCGGAUUCAAUUUUAAUAACACUCCGGCCUGCAGCCCCAUGCGUUCCCCACCGCUAAGACUCAACUCUAAAGACAGUAGAUCUUCUUCACCCUAAAUGCAGACGACAGACAUACAUUUUUCACGAUAGACAAUGGAGAGAGAGAAAAAGAUGGAGCCAGAAAUUUCGCCCACCCGACAACGAUUUUUAAAAAAAUUGAAAUAAGGGAUUUAAAGAUAAUUAAUUAUUCAUUUCUUUUUCACAUUAAACUGAAAAUGGCUUGUCCGUAGUCUCCCCCUUUUUGCUUAUUUUUCUCUCUCCGUUUGUGUUUAUCGAUUCACGUACAGCACUGGGUGUUGAUUACCAAUGAUUUGAUUCUUCUAUUCUUUUUCGCUUCUCUCUUUUUCCGUUCGAAAUUCCAAUCUAUUUUUUAAAAAACAUACUUUAAAAUCUUAUUUGGGUUUUUCCUUUUUUUUCUUCGUCCU